AACUUCAAAUAAAUUAUUCGUAUUUUUCAGACGUGAGAUUCGUUUAUCUGGCAUCAGAAGUCAACCAUUAUCGUUUCAAAGAACUGUCAAUGAUCGACCCUUCUUAUCCUGACGUGGCAACUGCUUCUCCAGAUAGUAAGGUUGAAACGGUGGUUUCAAAAAUCAUCAGCAGUAUCUCGACAGUUCCCGGGAGGAUAACGGGCGCCUACUGCGACGACGGUAAAAAUCAGGAUACACGAACGGGAUUCGAAGGCUACGUCACACCUGGCUUCCCCAUCAACUACCGCAUACACUCGCUCUUCCUCGAAAACACAGAGGAAGUCAGACUGAAGUUUCAGGGAAGUGGUCACGGGAAUCUACGCACGUGCGUGUCGCGUGACCAGGGAAGUAUCGGGACGAACUGUAUCGAGGUGAAGGACCUUGAAGAGGCGGUUCUCAAGAUCCCCUCUCCUUGCGCUGGUUACCCCUACCAAUGUCCACCAGCGUACCUGACCGUCACAGUAACAAGAACCUUGACGCGGUGUGCAGAGGACGACUGCCGAUAUCCGGAUCAAGUGAGAUUUCUAAUGCGUCACGAGGGCCUCAGAUGCUUCAGGAGUCCAGAUUUUACAGACAGCAGUACGGUUGUUGCAUCUGGGAAUUCAAACCUUUAUCUGUACGUGGCUUUCCAAACUUUGUCACUCUACGUGGUUUCUAAGAUAAUCGGAACAUUUUAAUAAGGUUACAUCACAUCUGAACAAAAAAAAAAUAUUCAUAAUGACUUUUAUAAAAUGAGGUGUCUAAAAGAAUUUCAAAAAUACGUUAACUUAUAUUUUCAACACUGCCAGGUAAACAAAAAAUCCAACGCUCUUGUACCUAAACGAAAACAAAACGUGCAACAAUAUUGUUUACAAUUUUCUGAAGAAAAUAUUUGCACGCAAAUCAAUAUUGCAUGAAACAUAUCUGCGUGGUUAUAUGGGUACUGUUGUAUAGUAUAUGAUACGCCAUUUUCAAAACACACAAAUCAAGGUGUGACGAAGUCCAUGGUAACAAAAAACUUGAUGUAUUCUAUAAAAUACCUUCACACAGUCCUUCAGUAUUAUGUAACACACUUAUAAGAAAAAUAAAUUACACAGCUCGCUCCUUAUCGCUCACGUAGGA